GUAUGGUGAAUUCUUCUUGUGGUUGCUUUAAAUAAAUAGAUAGCAGAGUGUUAUCCUUGGCAUGAAUCUGCACGUUUUCAAGUUGCUUUUUACAGUAAAAAUACUUCGCAGUUAGCGACACGCUCACCAGAAAGCCUUCCACAAUAUCAGAUCUUCAUGACACCACAAAAGGAGAUAUGUUUAAAGAUUAGAUACACAACUCUAUUAUUAUUGAUGGCCUGUUGUGCAUCAGGAGCUGUUGGAAACCAGAUUGUCCAAGAGGAUCAUGUAGUCAAACAUAACCAUGAACAUAAUGCAAAUAUGUUCCUUGGCUCUGAGGACAAAGAUGAAAUACAGAAACUAAGUCCAUCUGAGCAGCGGAAGCGACUGGUGGAGAUAGUGAAGAAGAUUGACACCAACUCUGAUAAAUACCUGACUCCAGAGGAAAUCACAUUAUGGAUACAGAGGGUAUACAGGAGAUAUGCGCUGGAUGAUGCUGAGGAACGCUUCCCUGAGUUUGACUCCAACAAUGAUGGUCUGGUAUCUUGGGAUGAAUACAAUAUGGUCAUGCAUGGUCAUACUGUGGAAGUGGAUGCAGAUGCUGUUCUUGACGACCCAGAGGAGGAGUCUCUCAGAUUUCUCCAUGCAAAGGAAAAAAGACGUUUUGAUUUUGCUGAUAUGGAUGGCUCAGCUGGCCUGAACUUAACAGAGUUCCUUGCAUUUACUCAUCCAUCUGAGGUGGACCACAUGGCUGACUUUGCUAUUGAAGAUGUGCUUACUGAAUAUGACUUGGAUAAAGAUGGAUUCAUCAGCUUGAGUGAAUUCAUUGGAGAUCUCCGAGCAAAUGAGCAGGACAAGCCCUCGCAGUGGGAGGUUGAGGAAACGGUGCGCUUUAAAGAUCUCUAUGACCAGGAUAAGGAUGGAAAACUCAACAGGGAUGAACAGCUCCGCUGGGUCGCUCCGAACAGCUAUGGGUCGGCACGAGAAGAAGCUAUUCAUCUAAUCAAGGAAAUGGAUCAAGAUGGAGAUGAAAGGCUCUCGGAAGCAGAGAUUUUAAAAAACCAAGACACUUUCAUGAACAGUGAAGUGACAGAUUAUGGCAGACAGCUCCAUGUGCCGCAUGAUGAACUGUAAUAGUUUUAUAAAUACUUCUUAUGGUGCCACAAAAAAAGACUACUUGAGUUUUUACGCAUCAAUUUUUAUUAGAUAACAUGUAGCUAGUACCAAUGAAUAAAAAUUUUUUUUGUCACGA